UCUAUCUAUCUACCAGUUCAUGAAAAUCACCAUGCACGUGUAAUAUACUGUAUGUUUGUGAUGGUUAUUAGGAGGCAAUCAGUCUAGAACCCUUUUACUGUUCCUCAGUUAUGCAAGUUCCAUCAAAGAUUCUUUAAUUCUUCGCUCUUCAUUUAGACCGUCUAUGGUUCCAUAUUCAUGGAAGUAAUUGAAUCACAAUGUAUCAGAAGAUGGGUGGACUUCUGUGUUUCUUUUUGUGUGUCUGUUCCCCCCAUCGUCUUUCCAAAUAUCUCUCUCCCUUUAUCUACUGUAUCUCUAUCUAUCUAUCUUUUCAAGCUGUCACUUGCUCGUGCGGAUGUGGAGAGCCUUGGAUUUUAGUUUGUUGCAGUAUCGUACUGUAGGCUGCAUGGGCACAAUUUUCCAGUGAAGCGUAUGAUUCAGGAAUGGUGAGGCUGUGUAGGCUUGCAAUCCACAGCCGGGGGGAAUGAACAGUUACCUCUCUCUCUCUUUUUUUUGGGUUGUUUUUAUCGCCCAGUCUGCUGUGCCUGUGCGAGUGUUUGAUGUAUCAUCUGAGACUAAUGCGAAUGGACUGCCAGGGUGUGUGAGUUGUUAAGAGCCGGUGUGACGGAGUGUUUGGUUUUUAAUGUACACUGUGGGUUGCCAUGGUGAAAAAAAUGAAGUGGGUCAUGUGACCACCCCCCCUCUCUACAUCAUCAGUCACAACUGUCAACACCUGAGACAGAAAUGUUGUACUUCAGAGACAUGUAAAAAUCUCUGAACAUUGGUCAGUGGGAGAUCGAAAACGUGCAGCAGGCUGAAAGCAUCUCAUUUUUCAGUCCAAUGCAGCUUGACUGUGCGGUAAAGCACUUCCUCUUUACUCUGGAGCGUGAGAGGGUAAACAUGUUUUGCGGGGAUUUUUUUCCAUCACAAGGACAUACUAUGACUUGUGAAUUUCCCCAGGUUCGUUCGGCCGCCUGAGAAGGAUUUUCUAACAAGAUUUUUUUUGUUUCUUUUUUGGCGCAGUGUUGAUUCAACACUGACUGUCCAGCAGAGAUCCAAAUUCAACACAGAUAGUGUUGUCAAUACGUGUUGAAUUGACACUGCAAACAUUUUACCGUGUGUUGUUGUGUCAACGCCGGGCCCAUGCUGCAGUUUAAAAAUGCCAACCCCCAAACUUGGCAUGGGAUGGCAGGCAGGCACCCAUGGGAAUGGGCGCCACCUUGCCCACGCCAGACGCUGCUCCCAUUUUUGGGAGAGGGACAGGGCAAGAGUGACCAGCCCAGACCAGCCUCCAUUGUAAGGGGGACUCAUCCAGUCCAAUGCCAUCUGGUGACAGUUACAUUCUCUGGUCAGAGUGAGGAGCCGAGGUGAACUAUUUCCAACACCCGGCAUAUGGUCCCUUACCCAGGGUAUACGUGGCAUAUGUUUGAAUCGGCCUCUGGAUAUAGUUUCCCAGGCCCCUGUAUCAAACCCAUAUAUUGUGUGCAUAGUCGUCAGCUGAAGGAAGGGACUGGACGUAGACCUAUAUGAGAGUCACAAGACUUGUUUACAGUUGAUUCUUUGUGGAGGAGUUAACCAACGUCUCGUGCUCUUAACACUUGUUGAGAUUUCAGCUACAACUCCAUAAUGUGUGUGACAGACACUGACAGUUAUGAUGUAUAACCUUAAGGAUAGAGUAGCCUAAAGAAUUUGUUCAGAUGUGGUGUGUCAAACGAACACUGUCAUUGCAGUAGAAACUGAAUUGGUGUGUCAAAUUCCUUCCGGCAGUACACUUCACAUAAACCCUCUACACUCAAAGACUCGGAGGAUAGUUUGGAUGUUUUGUUGUCAUUUGGUUUCAGUAGUGGCGUUUUAACAUCAUACUAACAGGUUUGAACUUAUUUAUCAUCUCAGCAUCUGUAUGGCCUGUCAGGCAAUACCCAAGUAGGCCUACACUUUUUAAAUUAUGCUGUACAUUUUGGUAGCCUAUAUUAUUUGUAGCAUUAUCACAUAUUUAGGCUACUGCGUUUUAGGAACAAUUUCAGCAGACACCUGCCAUGCUCUGUCAAAUGCCAAAGAAAUCAGAAAUCAAUAGGCUAAAUUAGUGGAUCACCAGCCAAUCAGCUGAAUUAAAGCACUUCGUCUAGAACCUCAGGAGAAGGCUAGACUAUAAGCUAUCCACAUUUACCCAGUCCAUUUCUAUUGCUAUCCUUAAGGAAAGGAUAUGUCGUCGGUGAGGAAAAGGGUAGGCUACAUGCGCCUAAAAAAACGUGUUCCUCGGGCAAACUAAACGACUGUGAGCUUCAGAGGAUAGUGCGAGCAAGCGCGACACACAGGGCAGACUGUUUGCGUCUGUAGGGGGCGGGCGGACAACGCCGACGACAUGUAGCCGACUUGCAGUGUAGUUAAAGCCUCACUCGACGUCAUUCCUCUCUUCGGGGACAACUGUGGUGGCAGCGCUAUUACUCUGUUAUUCACCACUACUCGGCGAUUUUCAUUCUCUCGGCUAGUCUGUAUCAACGCCAUUGCCGGACGGUAGCUUACAACUCCUUGUAUUCAAGAAACGUGGAGAUAAAGUGCAUGCGUGAUCGAGGUAGACUUUAAUCGGUGGUCCACCGUCGCUUGACUUGGAACCAACACUUCACAAUAAAAAAGAUCCAUCCUGAUGCUUCAUUUUAAACCUCCGUUGGAACUAUAUGUGAUAUAUGUUGGGUAAAGGUGCGAAGCGGAAGCUGGACGAGGAUGAAGAGGGGCUGGAAGGCAAAGCGCUGGCGGGACGUCACCCCCCCACCACCCUGCUCUCACCACCACCACCACCACCACCACCACCAUCAUCAUCAUCAACCCCUGCGGGUGGCCCAGGACUCCUGCCCGAGGGCCUCCCCAGCAGCAAGCAGGCCGUGUCCUCGGUGUCCGUCUCCUACACCCUGCAGCGCCAGACCAUCUUCAACAUCUCCCUGAUGAAGCUGUACAGCCACCGCUCGCUGAGCGAGCCCAGCCUGCAGCGCCGCGUGCUGAUCAACAACAUGCUGCGCCGCAUCCAGGAGGAGCUGAAGCAGGAAGGGGCCCUGCGGCCGCUCCUCUUCCCCUCCCCGACGCUCCCGUCCGCCGCCGAGCACCCGCUGGACGACGAGGGCUUUCGCCAGGCCUCCUCGUCGCCGACGCCCACCCCCCUCCACGCCACCGUGCCCCCCGCCUCCUCCCAGAACAACGCCUCGUUAGGCGUGUUGGCGACAGUGUCGGGAUCGGUGGGUUCUGGCUCGACGUUGGCGCAGGGCGGGUCGUCGGCUGCUAACGGACUGACAGUGCCACAGCAGCAGCAGCAGGUGGCGGCCGUGCCCCCCCAGGUGUGCCUGACCCCCGCCUCCCUGCUAGAGGAGGACUCGGGGGCGUUUGGAGCCUUGCCCCCUCCUCCCCCUGCUCCCUCGUUGGUGCCUCCUCCCUCCUCCUCCUCUCCUGUCUCCUCCCCUUCCUCUCCUCUUCUCCUGGGCGCUCCCUGCCGGCCCUUCAGAGACUCCUUCUCCUCUGCGCUGGACGAGAUCGAGGAGCUCUGUCCCUCCUCGGCGGCCGCCAUGGCAAACGGCCACACCACUACCUCCCUGUCCCCGUCGCCCCUCUCGCUCUCCUCCCCGACGUCCUCGCUAUCGCUGUCCCUGUCACUUUCGCAACCGCUGUCCACGUCCUCCCCCUCGCCCCCCCACCUGGUGCCCUCCAUGGCCCUGUCCUCCUCGGGCCCGGAGCCCAAAGAUUGCGGCCCCCCGGCCCCUAAGGCCCUCAAGCCCGAGCCCAUGGACACACUACCACCGCCACCGCCGCCGCCGUCAGCCGAUAUGGACAUGAGCUCCGCCCCUUCCUCUUGUAACUCCUCCCCCUCGUCCUGUGGCGGUCACGCCUCUGCGUCGGCGGGGUUUCUAACGGACCUGGCGCUAGACGACAUCCUCUUCGCCGACAUCGACACGUCCAUGUACGACUUUGACCCCUGCACGACCUCCGGGGCGGCGGGAGGAGGCGGGGGAGGUGUCGGGGUAGGCGUCGCAGUAGGCGGGGCCUCCAAACUCACGUCCAUGGUGACGGCCGACGACCUCCUGAAGACGCUUUCGUCGUCUGCGACUUCGGCAGUGUCGUCGUCGCCGGGGGGCGUUUCCAUAGCACCCAGCCAGCCUUUCAAAAUGGACCUGACAGAGUUGGACCACAUCAUGGAGGUGCUGGUGGGCUCGUGAUACACAGCCGGGUCGGGUGUUUUUUUUUCUUUCUGUGCAGUGUUAGAUCAACACUCAGGGAGUUCAACUUCACACUCAUAGUGCUGGUUCUACUGUCUUGUAGUGUUGAGUUAACGCGGCAGCAUUGACUGUGUAGUAGUGUUUGGUCACACACUCACACACACACACACACACACACACACACACACACACACACACACACACACACACACACACACACACACACACACACACACACACAGUGCUGUGCUACCCUGACAGCUGACAGAACAAUAAAAUAAAACUGUCACAUACACUCACAUAUGCACAUUUACAGACACACAAACACAACCUUGACACAAAGUGUAAAAGCAAAACGAAUCAAAGAUUAUUCCUUUUUUUCAAAGGAAGAGAACUGUACACAUGUUUUGGACACUCAUUUUUGUACAGCCUGUUUGUUUUAUUGUUUUUGGUUUGAUUCUUUUUGGUUUUGUUUUCGUACAAUGAGGCAGUCGUAAUAAUGACAAAUGAUGUCACCCGAUAACUACUUCACAACACUGUGCAUGCACUGUGGCUCGCCUAUCCCCGAACGGAGGGGGGACAAAAGAAAAUAAGAAGACAAGAAACAACACAACUGAAAAAGAAAUCACAAAACUGACUGGAAUGGAGAGCAGAACGUAAGGACGACUUUCGCUUCGCUUGUUUUCACAGCACCCAGUGCCUUCAUCAUCAUCAUUUGACAUUUGACCUGCUGCUGGGUCAGUUCCUGCUGUUCCGUCAUCUUCCUCCUCCUCUUCUUCCUCCUCCUUUUCCUCCUCCUCCUCUUCUCCCACCUCCUCCUCCAUCUCUCUGGAGUGCAUUUCUCAACACCAUAGUUGCUAGACAGUGUGGAGGGAAGCCGAUAGGGGUCAGUUAUCCCAGGCCCAGAGAGAUGGGGGGUGGGGGGUGGUGGGAGGGGAGGGGGGGGGUAGUGACCUAGAAUUGGGUCCAUAGGGGGGCCUUUCAGAUGACUUCGUCCCACGCCCGGCCAAAGCUUUUAGUGGCCCUGCCAGUGAGCAUCUUGUUUGGUGACAAUGAGUAAUUACAUUGCCACCAACAACAAACGGGUACCAGCUCGCAGAGUUUGGUGUUGUGGAACAUUUCUGAACCCCCCUCCAGAAAAGUCAUAUGCGUAGAUAUGUUACUGAUUGAUACUGGUGGCUUUAAGCUCACCUGGUUUCACGUUGGCCUCCCAUGCCACAAUGUGUUGGCGAGAUCCCAGGUUUGAGACUUUUAAGUCUAGACUGCGCAGAAUGACCUUGGUUAGAAACUAUGAUUUUGGGAGAUGCACAACAGAUCAUUACUGCCUUGGAAAAGGCACAUUGCCUAAAGAGACUCCUUCUCCAGACCUUGGAAGAGCGGUACCCCACCCCCAUUGCAAAGUACCCCCCCCCCAACCCCCCUACAAAUACCCUCCGGUUCUGCCUGCUGGGGAGAGUAUUGAGCUUACUCAACUCUGGCAUUAGCUUAUUUUGGUUUCUCUACAAAGCACAAUGUUUCUAAAGUUAAAAACGGUGUUUGCGUGAGUGUGUGUGUGUGUGUGUGUGUGUGUGUUUGAGUGUGUGUGUGUGGGAACUUGUGUACGUUUUUGCCCUGUAUGUAAAUAUUCUGCUUGCAGAGAGACACAUAUAUUUUAAUGUAUUUUUUUGUUAUUGUGGGCACAUGUCCCUCUCACCUCCACCCACUUUUAAUGCAGAAUACUGGGAGGGAAAGCCCUAAAACUGGCCUCCAGUAUCCUUGUAGAUGGGAGAAUGGGGGGCAGUGUGGAAGAGAUGGGCUGGACUGGCCAUCUGGCCUAGCGGGCAUUUUCUGGUGGGCCCCAUAUUUAUUAUUAUUCUGAAAAUAGGGGCCCACGAGUGUGCGGGGCCCAGCAGUGAGUCAGUUCUGCGCCACUAAUUAUGUGGGGCCCCUUUAAGCCAAUAGUGCCCGACCCCUAUUUCUCCCCCGGUCCAGUACUGGGUCAGAGGCUAGAGUCAGUCAGGGUACGAGUCAGGGACGAUGGCACUGCCCCUCUCUGCCUGACUGGGGAGGCGUACAGUAAUAACUGGUUAGCUUUGGAGGGGCAGGUAUCCACCAUCCGCUUGCAACCAUGCUUCUCUCUCUCUCUCUCUCUCUCUCUCUCUCUCUCUCUCUCUCUCUCUCUCCCUCUCACACACACACACACGCGCACACACACACACACACACACACACACACACACUGCCCUACAAAGCUAAAAUGGCAGUAACUGCAUUGAAAAUGGCAUAUCACAAAAUAUAAAGUUAAUUAAAAUGAUCGUUCUGCAAAUAAUAAUAUAAAUAUAUAUAAAGUCAUAACAAAACUGCCACAUGUCAGUUAUGGUCUGGGCAACAGGAUGAUUUUAAAGUCAUUUCACUCAGUUGGCAGUUCCGUAUAGUUACUGCCGUUUGGCUUUGUCGGGCAACAUACAACCGCUGAUGCUCGGUACGAUUACAUGUACCGCUGAUGGUGCUGCCGAAUUCAUACAAUGUGUUGGAAAAAGCGCCUUGUGCAGAUGUUAUUAGUAUUGAAAACAGUAUUGAAAGCAUACAAAGCAGAGGUGAAUGCAGAACAGUCGUGAAUACAGAGGCCUGUAAUUAUAUGCAAUUGUCGAAACACUUUCACACGCAGAGUCAAAUGCAGAUGUUCUUCAGAUGUUCUCAAAGCAGCAAAGCGUACCACGGCAGAUGUUUUUUUGGGGGGGAAAAAUUAUACUCAUCCAGUGACACAUUCUUGCCAUCUUUGACACAAUCAGAGGCCACCACGCCUGAUGCUGAGUUGGCCAAUUUUAACAAGCAAUGUCGUGAAAUGCCCUCUCAAUCAAAACACUAGGGUGGUGUACAUUGUAUGUACAGAGCUGUGCAGUUUCUCAGUCCUGUCUCACACCAGGGCCAAACGGUGUAGGUGUAGGUGUCGAGACCUGAGACAUAAAUAAUACUCUGGUUUAUUAGGACCCAGUAGCAAGUUCAACCCAGCUGGUUCUACAGUUGUCCUAUUUUCCACACACAGCGCUCUCUGUUUUUGUUGGGGCGUUUGUUGGUCGUCAGACAAUGCGGAGAAUAGAUCGCACUCAGUGUCAACCGUGUCACUGAUGAAGGCUGUUGUAGCGGAAACUCUUACCCUGCAAUGAAUGAGCAAAAACAAAAAAGAAGAAAGUGAGUGUGAUCCAUUCCCAACAUGGUGAGACUACAGUUGUCUCAGCCAUAGCAAUGUUUUUCAUUUCUUUUUCCUGUUCAUGCGCAGAUGUGUUCUAUUUAGUGAAGUCUGCAGCCACUCAGGGCUGUGUUUCUCAAAACUGUUGUCGAUAACUAUGUUAGAUAUUUUGUUGGCUGCAAUUGCCCAUUGACAAAUUGACAACCAACUUAGUUGCUAACUGGCUAGCAACAGCGCUUUUGAGAAACUCAACCCUAGCCUCUGUGAGUCCUUAUGGCUACAUACAGUACACAUACACACACAUAGCUGAUAUGAUAUCAAUACUCACUGGGUAGCAGGCUAGCUCGGUAGCUAACAAGCGUGGUAACUUUGUAACUGAACGAGUGAUCACCUUCAUCUCAUGAGAACAACUCACUGAGCACAAAGGAAAUGGCAACAGUAGCUUUAGGGAUCGUGUGAACACGCGUGUGUAGAUGGCAACGACUGCUAGGGAGAGAAGUCCCCAAAGCAAAAGAGACAUUUCAAGGGACCAGUUAGCAUCUCUGAAACAACCUGCAGUGCACAGUCUAUCCACUGAAUUCACAUCAUGGUGCAGCCUAAGAUUUCAAGGUGUUUGUUUGUUACACUCACAGCAUAGCACCUGCAAAAAAACAAAACAAUAUUUGCUUUUAUUGUCCUAUAAUAGUUGAUUAUGUUUUAUUUUUGUAUUCCAUAUUUUUCCCAUAAUUCCUUUCAGAUUCCAUACAUGUAGCCGGUUUAUUCUCCAUUGCGUAAAACAGCUUUUUUGUGUUUUAAAACACAUAUGCAACUUUUUAAGAAAUUAAAUGACUCUUUGAAAACCCAGAAACCGAGAGGCAGACCCGAUUUUAAAGCAUGCAUGUCAAUAAUAAUCAGCAUUUUCUUCACAUAGCCCUUCUAAGAGCAAGGGGGAAACAUUAAUUUACACUUGGACUGGGACUGACACACAAACUCACUCAGCUCUGUUCAGUCAAUCAGGCACCAACAGAAGCAUAUACAGUACAGUUUUGCAGUGUAGAUCCAACACGCUGAGAUCACAGCUAACACUUAGAGUGUUGAAUUCCCAAAGGGUUGAAUGAGCACUGCAAACUUAACUGUUAGGCCGAUACAGUAUGCAGAAUUCCACCCUGAAUAAGUGAAUUUGUGACAGCAUCUUUUUUUCACUUCUGAACAGAGGAGAGUGAUAGGGAGAGAGAGAGCCGGACGGACAAUACGAUCAACCCAUUUAUGUAACUAUGAUUAAUUAUGAGUUUGCUUUCUUUGUUUCCUCUUUUGUUAUUAAGUUUGGAUUGGAGUGAUUGCGUUCUUAUCCUUUUAAGUUAUUUAUUCUUUCCCUUUUUCCUGUGUAAAUAUAUUUAUUUUAUGUUGAUGUGAAGCUAACAUCUGGAUUGUAAUGUGUACAGAAUGUAUGUGCAGAAUGUACUUUUGCUUAUAGGAAUGUAUCAUGUAUUAAAUUGGGGUGAAAGCCAUUAUUUUAUUUUUUGUUUCUAUUUUUGUUUUCAUUGUAUGGUUUUUGUUUGUUUUUUGGGGAAAAAAAAGCAUAAGAAACAUCGUUAUUGUAUCAUUUAUUUUAUAUUUUAUUUUGGUUGGAGCGGCGUCUUGUACAGGUUUGUGCUCUGGACACGUCUCACACCUGUUUAAAUAAUGAUGAGUACAGUAUUUAAAAGGAGAAAAGUCCUUUGGAUAUUAUUCUUACUGCGUGGAAGGGAACGGUUUGGUUUUGUGCAGCAAUACUUUGUCCUCUCCCCAGUCGUACAUGGCUCAGACUCCAAAGCUGAACUACACAAGAAAUGCGUCUUUGUUGUCCACCCACAAUGCCAAAAUGUGUUUUGGGAAAAGACGGGGAAGGAUAUGAAUGCUCUCUCUCUCUCUUUCUCUUUCUCUAUUUCUCUUUCUCUCUCUCUCUCUCUCUCUCUCUCUCUCUCUCUAACUACAUCAAUCAGUCCAUUACAAAAAUGAUGUCACACUUUAUACAGUCAAUGGUGGUUAAAAAGCCCUUACGUAUGUUUAAAUGAAGAUGGUGGUGUGGUUUGGGAGAGUGACCACUGGAAAAGUGUUUGUGUGUGUGCGUGUGUGUGCGUGCGUGCGUCCCUGUGUGUGUGCGUGCGUGUGUGAGAGAAAGACCUCGGAGCUGUGCCUUUUUCUAUGCAAUAUUACCAACAUAUUUGUCUGAGAAAGAAAGAAAUAAAAAAAACAAGUGAUGAUCACUGUAUUUGCAUCAAGGUGUGGGCUGUAGAAUAUAUAUAAAAGAAGUUGACAGGUGUCUAUGGAUUUGAA